GAAUUAGCAACCAAGUUGAAGCCAUAAUUAGCACUUCAUCGCUACUCAAAAGUAAUGAAAUGCUUUUAUGAAGAACUUGUGGUGAAGGAAGAGACCCCUGCCAUCAGCAAAAAAGUAAAGGAGACUACUAUACUGCUGCCAACGGUCUCAAGAAGCACGAAGAAGAAGUCUUCUCCUGGUGUUUCUGUGCCGAAUUCUGAAAUCAAGAAGAUCGAGCAUUAUCAGUUGAAUGAUUUGAAUGAUGAUGUUGAAAUUGCUGGUGUAGAUGUCAAGCAUCCUUUGGUCGAAUACCGACGAAAGAGUUUGGAGUGUGUGAAGAACCACUCUUUCACCGACCAGCAACUUUUGUCCUUGUCGAACAUUGUCUUGCUCUCCCAGUCCAGUCCUUUAGAAUUCCUUGACAAGCAAACCUCUGCCUCUGUCUAUGCUUCCCUUACCGCUCCUUUGUUUUCUUCUUUGCCCUCCCUUUCUGUCGAUGUCCUUAACCAAACCAAACCCGCUUUUACUGCCUAUGCUGCCAAUAACGAUACUCUCCCUUUCUCCCGUACAUUCCUUUCCCUUCCUGAAAUCUCAUCUAUCCAUUGUUUUGUUAUGUACGCUUGUUGUUGAUAAUCGCCUGUGUUUGUCGUUAUGGUAAUAUGGAUGAGAUGGGCAUAUUUUUGUUGACUGUUUUAUCUAAAC